AUGAAUGAGUCGAACCCAUUUGGAGAGAUGCAUGUCACUACUAAUAGUGAAGUUGGUUCGUCAUCCGCAUCCGUAUCCGCAUUCGCAUCUACAUCAACACCUUUACCUAAUUUACUCAUCGCUCAAACACCAACUCAAAAUACACCUCAUGCCCAAACAUCACCUCAACCUAGUGGUCUUCCACCAUUACCUCAUUCCGACCCAAGAAGAGAAAAAUCGGAAGUAUGGGAUCACUUUGAGAGAUAUGAAGAAGUGGUUGAGAGUGUGAAGGAGGAUGGGAGCAAAUACGCAACCACUAAGAAGAGAGCUAGGUGCAAAUAUUGCACUAUGAGCUAUGCAACAGACUACUAG